UUACUCUGUACGUUCUGUGCUCUGUACAUAUCUAACUGUAUUUUUGAAAUUGCAACUUUAAAGUUGUGGAUAGAAAAUUAUAGAUAAUGUUGCAUUGUCCCUUGGUAGUUUCAUAAUUAAUUGGCUCGUUUAGUUUUCCGAACACUGAAUUUACCAUAAUAUUACAUGAAUAAGAAAAUCGACAAAAAAUUAUUGUCCAAUUACUUAUAAAAAAUUAAAACUACAUAUUAUGUCAACAGAAAUUUCAAAUCUAUAUCAAUUAUACACAACAUUAAAUUGAAGAUAUAAUUUGCAUUUUGCACAACUCUUGUUAUGAGUUAUGGAUAACAAGGAUUACAGUGAUAUAACAUCUCAUUUAGACGCGAGAGAAGUUUUAAGGUAUCUGAAUCACUUAGGUAUCCAUAAUAUCAGUGGUGAAGUUCUUAAAUAUUUUAUCACAGACCUGAAAAAGCUUAUAAAAUAUGAUUUACAACAGAGAAAGUCUAAUGAACAAUUAUUAGAGGAAGGCUUUGAACGAUUGCACAGUGCAAGUACAUUUUCAUCUCGAAGCAGAUCAAAAGUGUAUGAUGGAGAGAAGUUGUGUUGUAAUAAAGAAUGUGAAAUAGCAAGAAGACCCCUUGGUGUAAGAAAUAUUCAAUCAGCACCAAAUAUAGUGCAGCCGAAGUUAGAGAAACCUCAACGGAGGGCAUGUUCAUGUGUCAGAAUUGAAAAAAAAACAGAUUCACAAAAGGACUGUUCAAAAACAACGACUACUAUAAGCAAUAAUUUAAUUAAAGUCCCCAAGCAACAACCAAAGAAGAAAUGUGACCCAGUAUCAUUAUAUCAUUACUACUCAUCACUGUGGGAGAAGUACAAGCCACAUGUUCCUGGGGAAAAUGAUUGGGCGGAUAUAAGAUGGAGGAUCCGACAAAAGAUGGUUAACAUUGACUCACAGACUUCAAAUAAGGUCUCAUCAGCACAAAACAGGAAUAGGAUUAAGAAGAAAGACAAUAGCUGAUAUAGAUUGUUAUGGCAACAAUUAAUAAACUGAAAACUUCCUAAUUGUUUAAUAUUGUGACUAUUUACACUGUAAAUAAAAUUAUAUAAAAACUCAAA